CCCCGUCAAACGUUCCGCCCCUUUUAAGCGUUUCCCUGAUCAACAUACUGCCCCUUAGAAACGUUCCUCAAGCAAACGUUCUUCCUUGCAAAUGUUCGGCUACUUUUAAACGUUCCUGGGCUCAAGAUGGUGCGCUGUGCGGCGAUGGGGUGUUCCAAUCAUACGGGAUUGGGCAAGAUCCUGCACAGGUUCCCGCGAGAUCCCGAGAGGAGGAGGCAGUGGGAGAAGAAAGUCAACAGACGGAACUGGAGGCCGACGGACAGCUCCUAUUUGUGUACGGAUCACUUCGAAGAGACGCAGUACGAAAACAGAAGGGCAGACAACUUGAGGAGGCUGAAAGCUUUUGCUGUCCCUACGAUUUUCCCAUCAACUUCUACCACCACCAAGACCACUUCUUCCGCUUCAAAAUCUGGCUGGAAGACACAAAACCGUAGCACAGCGAAACGGAAUUUGGACGAUAACAAGACUACCGCUCAUGAUUCAUCUCCGGCACCUCCGCCUUGUGUCUUUACCGAACACUCUUACAGCAACACAGACAACGAGGGGAGACUGGAAGGUAUUCAGGAAGGUGCGUUCAGGAGCAGCGAGUGUGUUGCUGGAAAUAGGUUUAAAAUCGACAAGGUCUCGAAGCCGGAUUUCACGAACGGGAAUUCUUUCCCGCCCUCUGGACCUGUUCCUGAUGCCUCCUUUUCUUUUUCCUCUUCUUCCUUUGGUUGCGUCUCCUCUCCAGCUUUUUCUUCAUCUUUCUGCUCCGGUAAGGACGAAGAAGUGAUAGUUAAGAAAGAAGAGGAUUUCGACAUUGACAGUGUUGAUUCUGUUUCUGCUGCCUCUCCUUCUUACUCGUAUUACAACUCUGAAAAAGAGGUGAAAAAGGAAGAGGAGAUGGACGUCGUUAGUGAAAAUGCUUUGCAGGACUUUAUAUGUGGUAGUGAUAACUGUAAAAGUCCAGUUUCUAAGAUGCCCCAGCACUAUGUCUCCAACGAUGAGCCUUUGUUUACUUUCGUUGGCAUCUCUCCUGGUGAAGAAGGGAGACCUCCGACGAUAGAACAGCCGCCAGAUCCUAAUGGUGAUGCUGGAAGAGAAACAAAUCCACUCCUUGGUGAUGAUGACAAUUUAGAAAGGAAGAAAAUCACAGAAAAAACACGUAGUUUAUCCACCAAUGAUGCGAAGGAGGCACUCACUUUUGUACUUCCCGAUUUUGCUCUUGCCUCUUGCUCAGGACAGGAUAAAAUAAAAAUAAAAAGGAGAAUGAAAGAGAUGGGACCUAACAUGGACUCAGACGGUGAAGGUGCAGAAGCGGGGGUUACGGCACACGUGGAUGGUCAGUUUGAGACAGGAAAUCACUUUGAAAUUGACGGAAACCUACAAGAUCCCAAAAGCGAGGUAGCGUCUUCAACAAAUUCUGCUGCUUCUCCUUCUUCGUUCCCGUGUCCGCAUGGCAAUAGGUUAGCGAAGAUGGAGCAGAAGAUGAAGCAGCUCGAGAAAUCACAAACCAAGCAGCGGAGGAGGUUACACAAGAUAGAGAAGCAGAGGAAAAGACAAUCACGCGUGUUAGGCAAGAUUUUCACUAAGGAUCAGCUGUCCAGCCUCAGUCGUAGGUGUAGGCGGGGAGUGAAGUGGUCCAAAGAAACCAUUAGGAAGGCCCUGCUACUCCUGUCUGCAUGUAGGCCGUCGGGAUACAAGGCGCUCCUGGCACAGAAACUGCCUCUGCCAUCCCUGGGACUCUUGAAAAGACUCAGAAAACCUUAGUUUCAAUAGGUUAAGGAAAGAAGAAGAAAGCAAAAAAGAAGAGGGCCAAACAAAAACCGCAGUGCGGGUUGUAGACUACACCUGAAAACUGACUUGAUUGUAUACGAUUCAUGAUAGUUUUCCUGCAUGUUUAGUUUCAAAUAGGAGUCCGUCUAGGUUUUGUAUGGAGGAAGUGUUUGAAUUAGUGUCUCAGUGGAUUUAAUAUUACUGUCAUCUUAAAAAAAAUACAUAGAUAUAUUCCCUUUUAAGUUUUCAAAUAAAAUCUAGUUUUGCUGA